UUUAAAAGAGGUAUAUAUAUACACUACAGUGAAAAGAAUAGAAGAGAAGAGAAGCAGAGUUAGUUAUUCGUUUCGUGACUGCUCACCAAAUUUGGGACAGCAUCUCCGCCCUGUAUUCCGCUCAUUAAAGUCUGACUACACCCCUUUACACUAAUCUCCUCUCAGGCCUCCCUACUUUUUGCCCGAUCACCGUGUUAUCUACUUCGCCAGCAGCAAAGAUAGUCAGUUCAGUAUGAGUUCCCGCAGGGUAAAAUUCGGGAUCUGCAUCUUUCAUGCAACUCAUCUUCCAGAGUGCAGUGAAAACUCCCAAAUGCGUGCUUACGUUGCAGUUGCAGUUGGGAAGCAUAGAGUGAAGAAAACUCGAACCAGCUGGCUUAACAUGGGAAGCUCGCUUUGGUUUUCCAUCUUAUUUUUCACAUUAGACAUGUCGGAGGUUGAUCAAGAAGAGGUCAUGGUUUCUAUCAAGUUAUACCGGAAGGAUGCCAAUUCCAAAAAUGACGAGUACAUUGGUGGGGUGUACAAAUCUUUAAAUCAGUUUUGGAAUGAGAGGGUGAUGAAUGAGCACGACAUGUCGUGUGAUUUACCCUUGAAAAAGGAUUUGGGAGAAUUUGUUGGACGGAUAUAUUUUACUUACUGGUUUAUUGAAGAUCCCUGGUGGAACAAAUUGAGUAAGAAAAAGAUUUCCUGUACGCCGAUUUUCUGUGGCUUAAACUCUAAGGUGUAAUAUUUGUCUCUUUCACAAAUUUCCUUUUAAACUAAGUUGUGUGAAUUUGCCUGUAUGUGAAAGACAGUUGCAUGAAUCAGAUGAAGGUUCUGAAUGACAUGGGUGAGAGAACUGAAAAAAGUUUGAAAUUCAUUUAUUGAUAGCUUUUGGAAACUGUUAUAUAAUAACAAUCUUUUUUUUUUUUUCUUUUUUUUCUUUUCCAGUUACCUGAAAAAUGUUUCUCAAAAUAUUUUGUCAUAACUAAACUAAAACAUGCUUUGGAUUGUGCUUCAUGGGCUGCUUGACUGUCCCCGUUAUUGAAUGCUUCCGAUCACAUUUUCAGUAACAAUUUAACGUAGAAAUGCAUGAUUUUCAAUAUAUUCAACUUGGAAAAAUUAGGAAAUCCAUUAUAUUCCUCCUACGUGGUUUUAUUUCUGUUUUCUGAAAUGAAAACUCGUGAUUUUAAACAUUUCUUUUUAGUUGGCCAUUUUUUUCCAAAUGACUCUUUGUAUUAAAAUGCUAUAUAAAUUGAGAAUAAGGCCAUUCAAAUACCAGACAAGCUUUAAGUUAGAAGUAAAUUUCUUCAGUUUUUCUUUUAUGAUUGGUGUGGUCAUUUAUCGCAAACAGUAUUCUCAUGGAAGCAAAAAGAUCAUUGGUUUCUCUUACAAAGCUAAUGAAUAUGCUUCGAUAGAGCCCAACUUUACAAGCCGUGUAGAAAGAGCCUUGGGCAUUCAGGACUGGUUGGAAUCACAAGGUCACCAGUACAUUGUCAUCGACGGCAAAGAUGGAUCUGAUUGUGCAUAUUCCUGAUCUCCACGUGCUGAUAACUACCCCUUCCCAUCCGACCUAUGCAACGGCUGAAAGGAUCAAGAAGGCCAAAAAAUUGCAACUGGUGCUCACAGCUGGAAUUGGUUCUGAUCUUGUUGAUUUGAAGGCAGCAGCUGCUGCUGCUUGUUUAAAAGUUGUAGACGUCACUGGAAACAAUGUAGUCUCUGUUGCAGAUGAUGAGCUCAUGAGAAUCCUCAUUCUUGUCAAGAAUCUUUUGCCUCGAUACCAUCAAGUUUUCAGCAGGGAGAGGAAUGUUACGGCUAUUGCUCAUAGAGCUUAUCAUUUGGAGCCUUUCAACUGUAACCUCCUAUAUCAUGAUUUGGUGAAGAUGGACUCAGAAUUGGAGAAUCAAACAGGGGCAAAGUUUGAGGAGGAUCUUGACUCAAUGAUUGCCCAAUGUGACAUAAUUGUCAUCAAUACACCUCUCAUGGAGAAAACAAAAGGGAUGUUUGACAAAGAUAGGAUUGCUAAGCUGAAGAAGGGAGUUCUAAUUGUUAACAAUGCUUGGGGAGCAAUCACAGAUGCACAAGCAGUUGUUGAUGCUUAUUCUAGCGGACAAAUUGCAGGUUACAGUGGGUAUGUUUGGUACCCACACCCAACUGGGCUUCGGAAAUGCAUGCCAAUGCCAAUCCAACCUAUGACCCCUCGUAUUUCUGGCACUACCGUUGAUGCGCAGUUGCAAUAUGCGGCUGGAGUGAAGGAUAUGCUAAACAGGUACUUAAAGGGUGAACAUUUUCCUGCACAAAAUUACAUUGUCAAGGAGGGUCAACUAGUAAGCUACUGAAGAUGAUGCUAGUAGGGCUCGUUAGUGGGAUCUCUCACAUCUGAGGGUUUAAACUUCUAACCUCUUAAACAGUUUUAAUAUAUACAGAGUAGUAGUGUAACAUAACUCUUUGGGAAUGGGUUUUAAGAGCAGACAAAAAAAAUGUAAAAAUUCUAUAAAUAAAUUUAAAAAACAACGAUAUGCAUGAAUUUAAUUUGGUUCGACUCGAGCAAAAUCGAAACAGAAAGAUUGACUUACUAUAUGGGUGUCUGAAUGGUGUGAGGGUAUUUUCGACUCCCAGCUUAAUCUCUCAUUGCACACAGAUUGUUUCUUUGACUAGAAUUGUACUUGGUUAUUUCCAAGAAACCAAAUGGAUCUGAAAUUAAUGCUAAUAAUGUGUAAUUAAUCUCUGAGUUUAUUUGGAAAA